AUGGAGCUCGCCGUGCUUGCAGAGCUACAAAAGCAGCUGAACGAAGUUAUCUUACGGUGGUUCCGAGUGCCCAGCCCGGGCGACAAAACGCGAUGUCUGCAGAAUCUGGUCGACGUAUGCCAGCAGCUGGCCGAUGCCCUUUCCAAGUUGCCUUCCUCCACCGAAGAGGUUCGGAAAAUCGUCCGCCACAACCUGUUGCGAGCUGCUCAGUUCACCGUAUUGCCCGUCCAGUCGGUGGGACGAUCCGACUUGGAGCAGCGGCACUACCAGCAGCAGGGACCGCUGUUGGCGAAGUUGUUACUGCUGGUGACGCGCAACCCUUCAGACGACACCAAGGCUCAUAGAGAUGUUAUGUUCUGCGGCAUUGUAGCCGUGUGGCGCGUUUUGUUCGCACAGAGCGACUCCAAUGUCCACUCCUCUCCGGAAGCCUUCCGCCGGCACUCGCUGGUGGUGGAUGACCUGCUGGAGGUGUCUAUCGCGCUUGUCGGCCAGGUAAAAAACCACGAGAGCGCUGUACAUGUCUACAUGGUGCUGCUGGAGAUAUUGACCUACAGUAGCGCUCCGCAGCACAAAGCUGCGGUUUUAAAUGCACUGGCCAAUGCCCCCGGCGAAGGCGUCCUGGCCCGUGUCUACCCAGGAUUGGUCUCCCGGAUUGUACGCGUUCUGCCGCGCGUGCGCGAAUCGGACUUCCGGCGUGCUAUAACCGUCCUCGAGGUUUGGAUCAGGGCAGCAUUGGCGUGCAACUGCGGUGGUAUCCGGUGCUCGGCUGCGAAGGACAGCAUCAAGGAAACUUGGGUGCUCAAAACUUCCGAGGUGGUUACUCUGAUCCUGGAUCGUUACCACGCGGCGCAUACUCAAAAAUUAGGCUACUUGUGUGCCGCAUGCAUGAGCCGCAACUGUGUGCCCUCCGCCUUUCUAACGCGCCUAGUGGCCCACGUCUGUGCGAUGCUUGGCACUGAGGACCUGUGGGCGGACGCGCGGCGCAUUAUGACCGAUGCCACGCUUCCCGCCAAGCUGGCACUGUGCAGGACUGUGGACGGGCACUUACGCAAUAAUCCGGAAUCGGAUCAAGCGCUCAUCACAUACCAAGGCUACGCGUACUUGGAGAUGCAUGUGCCCGACAUGGAACCUUUGGACGAAUACGUCGUCUUAGGCAUGCUCUACGCCGCUGCUACGCCGCCUAAAGAGGAUGAAAGCGCCCAUCUGGAGAGGCAGCGCCUCUUGGCACUGUGCGAUGCGCCACCAGAUUUCGCGCAUUUCACUGAGCCCAGAGAGGAAGUGUUCUCCCGCGUAGCCGCGCAAUACAUCAGCAGGAUGCCGCCAUCGCUACAGGUGCAAAAUGUAUCGGAGAUUGUAGAGUGCUUCGUAGGAGGUGUGGAGAGUGGCGCGCAGGCUGCGCAACUACUGACGCUGCUCCGCGGGUUACUGAGCCACGGCCCCGCAGCGCUGAGAGAAGUGGCGUGCGAUGUGGUCGAUGUGGUUGUUCUGACAGUUGUGGAGCCAGGCUGUUCGUCCCCCAAAAUCUGUUUGUCUGCCCUGGCCUUGCUUUGCGUGUUGUUUUCGCGAUACCGUUUGACGGUGCCGCGGCACCAGGUAUGUGACAUCCUGUUCUGGUUGCUUCCUUGGUGCGUCUCCGAUUCAGGGCCUAUAUCGCAGUACGCUCGCAGCCUGCUGCUUCACAUAGGCGUCCAUCACCGUUUGGUGUCAGGCGAAUUGGGGCAGGGCAAUGAGGUGUUGCGCCCGCCCACUUCCGACACGCUCAUGCCAUCGGAAAAAGGCGCUGUUUUGCAGAACUUGCUUCGAUUUUACAAAACCCUCCUGGUCACGAGAUGCGUAAGGGAGCUGAAACAGAGCCAAUUUUGCGGGACAAGCAUGGCCCACAGUGUGUCCGACGUGCUGUUUGUUAUGCUGCAUUAUCGUCUUUUGGGCGUGAAGGAUGUAUUUGACUUGGCCUUGCACUUGGAUCGGUCCUGGAGGCUCCCGGAACUGGAUUUACAUGCAAAUGCGGCGCUCGGCGUCUUGGGCCUAGAUGCCAAUUCCGAACUCACGGCGUUGUACUGCUACGCCUUCAUCGCGCACUACGUCAAUGGGCAGUACGAAGUGCUGGACAACGUUGAAUCGGAUGUAAUUGAGCACUUUAGAGAGCGAUUUCACCUUGGAACGCUUAAUGGCAAGGCAGUGUCGGACUUGCCGGCAGAAGUGCCGGGGCUGUCGGGCAAUGGUUCGGAGCGUGGCCAUUCGCACCUCCUGCCUCAUGACCAACAAUACGUUGGAUCGCCUUUGGCGGGGGACGAGCACAUUACGGUAGAGUCAAAUGAGCGUACAGAUCGGACUAGAAUUCAUGUGCGUAAAAUUAGGGAAGCCGACCAGUGCCCCGGCUCACAACUACUCGAUGAUACCACGCCACGGAAUGAUCAGAAGCACAUCGGGGGCCACCUCAGACCGGAAUCGCGCCCAAUAAGGCAUUCUUCACUUUUGGAUGAUAUCAUUGCUCCACCAGCUCAGCUGGGUGGUUUGAAGCGUUUUCAACAUUCCCCUUUAAUCGAGGUAAUAGGGGAGCAGCCCCAAACACACGUGAAAAGGGCGACCCAACCCGCCUCGGCACUGAGAGGCGAUGUCGAUGAGCGGAUGUUACGCGAUUUACUACGUUGGCACGACAUGCCAUUAAUUACACCUACGCAAGAUGGUUCCCCGAAAAGGCAAAGGUCCGUUUCAGGCGCGCCUGAACAAGCCACCAUCACGACUAAUGAUAGGUUCUCAUCACGUAAACUGGGGUAUAACUCCGGCGAAACGCCAUCGUCAACCGCAACAACAGCUUUAAGUGAGGCACAAGACACUGAGCGUAAUGAAGUGCUUGCUGGCGCUGAAGCGGCAGAUGAGCUUCCUGCCAUCGAAGCGACCGCCGCCGACGCGUGCGACCAGCUGGCGGAUAACUCCAGCAAGGAUGUUGCCGAAGUUGGCUGUGAGGGAUCGUCUCCAGAGUUGGACUUCAAGGACCACCGCCUCGCCGUCGUUACGCUGAUUGCGACUCGCUGCCGUUACCACCUCAGCUCAGCGUCGAGCGAAACCCGCUACGUGGCCCUUUUCGCGUUGCACAGGUGCUUUUGCGCGUUCUCACGCAACGUGCCGGUGCUGCGCGUGCGGUUGUACGAGUGCUGGGACGCACUCAUGGACUGUCUGGAACGUAGCAUGCGAAACCUGCGCAGCAUGUCGCUGGUGCUGGGGAUAAUGACCAUUGGAACGAGGCACGCCUACACCUUCGUUGAGCGUUGGAUGGUCGACGUGUUCGCCAAGAUCGCUGACCUGGUGGUGUCGGAGGCCGCCGAUAACUGCGUGACCAGUGCUGACGAGACGCACGGCAGCAUCAGGUUCAAGUUCACCACGAAGCUUCUGGAGUUCGUGGAGGAGGUGUCUUCGCGCGUCGUCAACAGGUCGCUAUUCGGCAACCUGCUUCUGAUCGCGCUGCUGAUGUGCAAGUCCACUGCUCCAGCGGUUGAGCGUGCGACGGCGUCCGUUUUGCGGCACCUCUUCCAGAAAAACCCGUCCGAUGUGACGAAAGUGCUCAUGCACACCGGUUCGUGUGCGGCUGAUAGCGCUGCGGUGCUGCGUUCCGUGUUGGAGCGUGAUGUGCGUCGUUUGCUGCCCCAACGGUCACGGGUGCAGGCUCUCCUGCCGCACGGGGAGCUGGUCCCCGUAGCGCCGGCCGGCGGCUUCGGCGUGCUGCGCAGCCUUCUAUGGCGCGGCGGGAGCCCUAUCGCACUUGAGGGCUGCAGCGCACCUCGCCUGAUCCUGAGUCAGCUGGAAGCGCGUGGAAUCCCGGUUCAGCUGUCGCGCGCCAACAGGGUGAAAUCGUUGGCGCCAUCGGUGUGCCGUGCCGUGAACGAGCUCUACCAGUCGAACAGCUUCUUUGCCAGCCGCGUGGCAGGUCACGAGGUGAGCCCGGAUGGCAGGCGUCUGACUGUGAAAUGCACAGAGCAGGGUGUGCCUGUCGCCAAUUUCAGGUUCUUCGUUCGGGACCCCGAUCACGGAGCGGAGGUCGACGUGGGCCACAUGCAUCUGGUCAUGAGCUCUUCGUCAAGCAUGCCGCGGGGCAAGUUCAGGCAGGAGCCGAAUGGCGCCUUGCAGCGGUUGCUGUUCGGCAGGUCUGGCACCUUGGUGAGGCUGGACCCUGCGCUGUUCAACAGCGUGAAAGACGCCGGGCUGUGGAGCAACCUUGAGUACGCCAUCUGGCGUGCACCGGACGGGGCGCUGUACAUGCACUGCUACUGCGAUGGGCCGGGUGUCACGCGGAGGGUAGAUUACACGAUGGCCAACCUGCUCUCCGGCGGGGGCGCCCAGCUUCGCGCGGGCGUCACGGACCUCGACCUGUUUGGGACCGGUAUCCAGGGCCACCUGGGCGCGGAAAUAGCGCUCGCAGAGUGGUACACGAUGUCGAAGAAGCACAAGCUGAGCGCAAGCCUGACUUACGACUCAGUGAGGAAGGCUGUAUGGAUGGACCGUGCUGGGGACACCGCGGGGCUGACCGUGGCGGCGCAUUGCAGGGCAAGGGACUUGAUGCGGCUUCUGAGACUGCGCAAGAGCGCCGAGGGCGAUGGUGCUCCAAAAGCAGCGGUCAGUGCGACCCUAUACUCCAGCGCCGGCCCCGGCAGGUACCGGGUCGGCGUCGUCGGCGAUGCCAAGACCCUCGAGCUCAGGGGCAACACCCAGUCGACCGGGUCUGACCUGUUCGGCAGAAGUGCGUGUACUCAGCAGGCGAUGAGUGUCAAGGUUCCUCUGGAAACGUUCAGCAAGCGGGAAUGCUCGUGGCGCGACAAGGUGUACCUGCGGUGCCAACACAGGGCCACUGCCCCCGUGGGUUCAUACGACGUCACCAUGGGUGUGCGCUACGGGUCUGAGAUGCGCCACAGUGGGUUCCGGGGGAAACCACCCGGUGGUCGGCACUACCUGAUGGUGGCCGGCGAGGUCACUCGCCGCUGGUUUCCGCAGCAACCGUGGACAAUUAUACGACCUGGGAUGUUCCUCGACGUUUUAUACGCCCUAGGCGGCGGCGACACUGCCAAGUCGCCUGGCGUAUUUGCGUUCUCCGCUGGCGUCAUCGUCAAGGUGCUGGGCCUCGGCGUGUCCUUGGCCAUCACCGAGCUACCCCGCAACAUGCCUGGAGGUCUGAAGGACGUGCUAACAGCGUUGAAGCAGAGCUUUUACACGCACCGCGCGUGA